UUUCUCCCCCUCUCUUUAAAUGGUUCUACAUGUAGAUGCAGGAGAUAAGGGCAGAAGAGAAAAGGGUGCAGGGAGAAGCAGGAGAUGAAGAUGGCAGCCUUGCGAUGGGUGCUUCUGGUGGCUUUCUUGGUCGCCGCCGGCCAUGGGGCGGAGGCGAGCAGGAUCCGCCAUUACAGGUGGGAAGUCAAGUAUGAGUACCGGUCGCCGGACUGCUUCCGGAAGCUGGUGAUCACCAUCAACGGCCAAUCCCCCGGCCCGCCCAUCCUGGCUCAGCAGGGAGACACCGUCGUCGUCGAUCUCAAGAACAGCCUCCACACUGAGAACGUUGCCAUCCAUUGGCAUGGGAUUCGCCAGAUUGGAACGCCUUGGAGCGAUGGGACUGCAGGAGUGACACAAUGUCCAAUACUACCAGGGGAAACAUUUACCUACAAAUUCGUAGUAGACAAGCCUGGGACAUACAUGUACCAUUCUCAUUAUGGCAUGCAAAGGAUGGGUGGUCUGUAUGGCUCAAUCGAAGUAGCCGUUGCAGAUGGUGUGCAGGAACCCUUCUCUUAUGAUGCCGUCUACAGUCUCCUUCUCAACGAUUGGUACCACAAAAGCACUACGGAGAUCUCCACAGACAUCUCGACCGUCCGAUUUGAAAUGGACGGCAUGGAUGACAUGGGAGGCAUGGGCGGGAUGGGUGGCAUGGGAGGCAUGGGUGGCAUGGGAGGCAUGGCUACCAUGGGCGGGGAUCCUCAGUCUCUUUUGAUUGAAGGUCGAGGGAGAUACAACUGUUCUUCAAUGGAUUCCAUGGGUGGAAGCUGCAACAUGACAAAUCCAGAGUGCGCGCCUCACUUCAUCACUGUCACCCCGGGGAAGGUGUACCGGUUGCGAAUAGGCAACCUUGCUUCCACAUCUUCUCUUAGUUUUGAAAUUGAGGGACAUGACAUGACUGUUGUAGAAGCUGACAGCAACUACGUGGAGCCCUUCACUCUGAAGAGCCUCUACACUUACCCGGGUGAAACAUACUCAGUCCUCUUCAAAGCCAACCAAGACUCCAGAAGGAACUACUGGAUCAGCACCAACAUUGCACUCAGCGAGUCCAGCACGCCCACCGGCGUCGCCAUACUGAACUAUGACUCGAACCCGUCUCGGCAAGCCCCGGCCACCAUGCCGCCGGCUGGUCCAUCAAGGGGCGACGUUGCUGCUGGCCUGGCCCAGAGUCUCGCCAUUAAGGCACACAGGGACCAUGUCAUUAGGCCCCCUCGCCGGACCGACAGGCUCAUCACCCUCCUCAUCACGCAGAAUACGAUCAAUGGCUUCCUCCGCUGGUCUGUGAACAACAUCUCCCUCGUUCUACCACAGACCCCUCACCUCAUAGCACUAAACGAGAAAUAUGCCAAACGUGCAUCCAAUUCUACACCAAUGUUGCCGGACGUCUACUUCCCUUCAGACUACGACAUUUUCCGGCCACCUCCUCAUCGGAAAACCUCCUGCGGUACCUCCGUUUAUCACCUGAAAUUCGGGUCGGUGGUAGAUGUGAUCUUGCAGAAUGCCAACACCAUGUACCCCAAUAGCAGCGAGCUGCAUCCAUGGCACUUGCAUGGCCAUGAUUUCUGGGUUCUGGGUUAUGGACUGGGGUUGUUUGACCCCUCGAAGGAUUCAUCGAAGCUGAACCUGGUUGAUCCAAUAAUGAAGAACACGCUUCCCCUGUUUCCUUUUGGAUGGGCAGCACUAAGGUUUGUAGCAGACAAUCCAGGAGUCUGGAUCUUUCAUUGCCAUAUAGAUCCAGAUCUGUUUCUGGGAAUGGGUGUGAUAUUCGAGGAAGGGGUGGAUAGGGUAGGCAACUUGCCAAAGUCUAUCAGAGGCUGUGGCCAGAGCAAGUAUUAAUACAAUAUCUUUAUUGUUGAUCUGUAUUAUACAAAUACGUUUGGAUCUGAACACUGCACCUGAUGAAUUUCUCAUAGAGUUGAUAAGAAAGAAAAGAAGGUAGUUCCCUC